AAAUAAUUAAAAUGAAUUAUAAACCGAACCUGAAGAUGGAUAGUACUUCUGGGUCGUUUAAAAAGUAAGAGUAGACCUCGUCUCUCGAAAGCACUCAAAAAUCAGAUUCUAAUGGAAUCAAUAUAAAACCAAACUUUGCUUGUAAGCCAGUCUUCAACAUUCGCAAUCGUUCUCCAUAACCUUAAGAAUAGGAACCUUAGUUAACAAAUACUAAUAAUGAUUUCUUUAAAACAGGCUCAUUUUAAGAAAAAAUUCCACUUAAAGAUAGAAUCUAACGAUAAGAUGAAAAGAAAAAUACAGCUCCUGUUGCUAAAGGAUUAUACCUACCUGGUUAAGAAGAGCUUUUUAGAAAAUAAAUACAAGUAGAGAGGAAAGAGAUACAAUAACCUCAAGAAAAAAAAGAGGUUUAAACUGGAAAGCAAAUUUAAGGAGAAUAAUAUAUGCCUUCUAUUGGUUAAUCAAAUAAAAGAGAGGCUGCCUUAUUAGGUUCUAAGAAUCCAAUAGAAAAUAAAUUAGCAGUGGCCAAUUAGGAAAGAGUAUUAUAAUAGCUUGGUAUUUUAUGUAAUAAUACAAAUAGAGGAAGCAGAACCAAUUGAAGAACUAGAAUUAGUUCUUUGUCCAGAAGGAUGUGGUAGAUAAUUUAAAUAAGAUGCUUUAGAAAAACAUAUGAAAGUUUGUAAACAAGUAUUCCAAUAAAAAAGACAAGAAUUUAAUUCAAAAUAAGCAAGAGUUGUUACAAAUGAUCAAUAAAAGUUAUAACGUUAAGGAUAAAUAAAAGAGAAAUAAUUAUAAAAAAAACAAGGAAAAGCUCCUUUAGAUCCUAAUUGGAAAAAACAAUCAGAAGAAUUACGUAAUUUAGUAAAAGAAUCCAAGUAAUAACAAUGAAUAUUUUAUGAUUAAUGAUAAAAUCAAAUCCCUUUUUUUAUAUUAAAC